AGUGUGGGACCCCAUCAUCACAGAAUAUUGGACAAUCAAGAUCCUCGCAUGCUAAGAGACAGACGAUUUUAUGCAAAAAAAGCGAAAAGUAGAUCGUAGCCUUUUCUUCUGGAGAAACUUAGCGAAAAAAAUUUAGUCAGUCAAAAUGGUUGCUACGAAGCACCGAAUUACGUCACGAUUCGAAAAGUCAGACAAUCUAGACGAUUGGAUCCGUAAGAUCAAGAACAAGAAAUUCAUGGUAAAGCGUGAAACUCGCGGACAGGACUUGCGAGUGUUGGCCAUGCUAACUGGAGCACUUUCUCACGCCGAAGAAUGCCAACGGCGUGAGAAAAUUCGCAAGCAGGAAGAUAGAGCCAUUAAGUGGGCCCGGAUUCGUUCCCGGCUUGCCGAACCGCCUCGGAUGUACUGUGACCUGGAGGAGGAGGAAGAAGAUGAAAAAUCGCGUAACGUGUCCAACACCAUCUGGAGUGAAGACUUUAACGGCAUUAAUAAUUUCAUAACGGAACUGAGCAAUAUCAAGACCCCCAUCAGCCGAUAGAUAAUGGAUGUUUUCCAUUUUUGAGAAAAAAAAAAUCUAGUUAGGGAACACUCUCGAUCUCAUUAAUGAGUGCAAUCACUAAACUUCACUAGGCGUCACUUUGUUACGACGUAGAAGAUACGUUUCGAUCACCAGCGAGCGAGAAGCUGUGAAAACAUUUUUUCGCUGGUCGCCAUUUUGAAAAUGAAAAUUUUCAUCAUAUUUGGUCUUGCGCACGCACACACACACUCACCCGUGUGAUCAGGAAGAAUACGCUCUCUACCGUCAAUGCCACUAGGUAAGCAACCUGUCGGGGUUGCUAUCGGUUCUCAUAAGUGUGUGUGUGUGUGCUGCGAUGACUGUUCUCGCAUGCAAGGGGAAUAUUGUUUGCUCAUUCGUGAACUUUCCCUUCCCGGUAAAUACAAGUAACGGAGCGAAGUGAGAACGACUAGAAAACGGGCCUUGAGUGCAAUAUAUCUGUAGAUCGCCUUGGGUUCUCCCCACCCGCCCGUUGCCGUCAUCAUCGCCUCCGCCUCUUCGCUGGUGUUCGACACUAUCGAGUACGUGCGUAUCGACGCAACGCCAUGUAGUGAGAGGGGGCAACAAAAGCCUUUGUUUAAAAAAUAGAUUUUCUUCUUUUGAAGGAAAAUUCCAUUUCGAUGCAAUCGAAGACGACGAGAGUUGUUAAGGCUGAGUCAAAAUGUGAUGAAAUAGUUGAGUUAAAGUUGUAUAUUUUUGUAAACUGAUUUGUACAAAGCUAUUUUUCCUCCGGCAUGUGUCACCCAGAAUAGGCGAUUCGUCAGCGCCCAUUGUGCCAGGGUUGAAGAACAUCGUUCUUCGUUCAGGGACACACAGAGUUGUAGCCAUGUAGGUCACGCGAUUCCAAAUCAUUGUAAGACAAUUUCGGUAGAGGAUCUUUAGGCUUAGAGUAUUUUUUUUAUUUAUCUACAGAAGAAAAUGUAUUAAAUGAAGAAGCAAAAAAACAAGAAAAAUCAAAAAACUCAACCACCAGAAACGCCUAUCGUAAACAGUGUCAUUUAAUGAAGUUUUUCAU